AUGCUCCGUCAACCUCCUCCUCUUCGCCUCCCCGCGCGCUCUUUCCUCGCCGCCUUCCCGCCCCUCGCCAUCCACUGCGCCGCCCCCCUGCCACCGCUCUGCAACGCCCUGCCCCCCGCUCUCUCCCCGUGCGGCAUGGCAACGCCACCCGCCCCCUCGCCUUGGCCCGCCUCGCCGUCACCCGCCCCUCGCAGCGUCGCGCGCAGCCUUUCCACUGCCGCGCCUGCUCCGACCGCUGCUGCCCGCACUGCCCACCACGCCGCGCGCCUCGAGAAGCACGCCUGUCGCCCGCUCUCAUGCCUCGCUGCCCGCCAGUCCCCGCGCGCCCCUUCCCCCAAACUACGUACCUGUCCGCGCGGCACCUCCUCGCCCCGCGCGCGCCCCCCGCCAUUAGCAGCGCCCCACCCUACUCCGCGCGCUCAUGCUUCGUGGGCGCCGACUGGGGGAGCAUUGCGGGUAAUGCGCGAGGGGGGGCGGCCACGUGGGGAAGAGCGAGGUGGCGGAGGUAGGAAGGGGCAGGCGGCGCAGAGUGGUGAGGGGCUGGAAAGGCUGUGGAUGAGAGGGCGGCUGGUGGGUGCUCACACGGCGUACGGGCAGGCGAGAAGCACACAUGCGGUGACGGCACCGGGGGCAGGGAGGGAGAGCGACGAGGUGCAGCGGCCAAGGCAAGGGCAAGAGCAGGUGGAGCAGGCUCAGGAGCAGCAGGUGGGCGCAGCGGGGGAGGGGGGCCGGCCGGGGGGCAGGGAAGAGGCAUCGGCAGCAGCAAUGCCAGCAUUACGUGCGGAGGUGCAGCAGGCAGGAGCAGCAGAGGGAGCGUGGCAGGCGGGUGGUGGUGGGACCCUGUGUCAUACGCUCCCCUUCCCACUCGCGCAUUCCGGGCGCAUGGCUAACCUCACUGUCCUCAACCUAUCGAGCAAGAAGCUGAACGGGUCCGUGCCAGCUACCAUGGGCACAAUGACGUCUGUCAAGCACCUUGUACUCAGCGGGAACUCACUGCAAGGCACCAUCCCCAACACCUUCAGUCAACUCACCAAUCUCGAGCAGCUCAUCAUAAGUCAGAACAAGCUCACUGGGUCUUUGCCUUCCACCCUUGCAUCCCUUUCCAACCUUGUCGACCUGGUCUUAUGGAUCAACGAAAUAGCAGGGACACUCUUAGACAUGGCCAACAUGACCUCUCUCACAACACUCAACACAGGAGCCAAUCCGCUGACGGAACCCUUGCCGGAGGAGAGCAUCGGCAACUUGACCAACCUUCAGGUCAUGGAUCUCAGCUUCAACCAUCUCAACGGCACUCUGCCUCGCUCCAUCACUCAACUGCGCAAGCUCUCUUCCAUGUCAGCUCCCCAUGCGGCAAUACCCACGCGCGCGCCUACUCUCCUCCGCCCACUCGCUAGCCGCCGCGCCUCCCUUAUGCACCAACUGCUGCGCUACUCCGCGAAGCACAAGAAGCGCUCCCCCCUUCAGGCGGAGGGUGUGGCGCGCAGCUGCUGCAGGGGGGGCGGGGGAAUCGGAUGCGGGGGCGGCGCCGCUGGUGACCGCUGCGGGCGAUGGCAGCUCAAUCACUGCACCCUUCCCCCAUCGCACCCUUCCCCCAUCGCACCCUUCCCCCAUCGCACCCUUCCCCCAUCGCACCCUGUCUCCUUUCCCCGCACACUUCACUUCACCCUGGCUCACCCUUCCCCUACCUCACCCUGUGUGGAGCGGAGAGGGGAGGCCCACGGGCGCCCAUGGGCUGCCACUCCCACCCGUGAUGUCUCCGCCACUCGCUCCGGUCUCUUCCGCUCGCCCGUGUCAGGGGGGGUGGAGAGCGCCACAAGCGCCGACUGGGUGGGGCGGGCACAGUACGCACAGCUCUGCUCCAUGAUGCCCCGCUCGCACCACCGCCGCAGGGGUACCCCUUGGGAUCGCUCGUUGACUGCACCACUGACGCUGCCUGACAUCUAUUUUGUAGGCGGCUUUGGCACGUUGGCGUGGAUACACACGUCUGAGUAUAUGGCUGCCUCACCUGAAAUGUGA